AUGACCUCUCUCUCGGGUAUUGAGACAACUUUUGGACUUGAUCUACUGAAUUCAAUCGAAUUCCAAGAGCCAUUUGUUUUUUCACCAGUGUCACUGCUAUUUGCAUUAGCUCUUUUGGGCAGGGAUGGGUUUAAUUCAACCGUAUUAAAUACCUAUACCAAGUAUGGGUUCCGGGAUCCUGAUGUGUACAAUUAUUUGAAAAAGAACUUGAGUGAAAUCGUCGUCCGUGGUGAUAGCGGUGUGAAUGAUGUCAGACGGAAUACGACUAAUCAGUCUCGAAUCUUGUUCAACGGUGUCUGGGAGUCAGAAAUGCCUUUAAAACGCGCUGGAGUGUUCUAUCCAACUACAACAACCUCAAAACAAAUUGUCUAUUUAAAAAAUGAGAGACACGUUUUGCUCAAUGUGGACGACCAAUUCAAGAUGAUAUCUAUACCAUACGACGAUUGGAAUCUUCAGUUUUUUGUUCUUCUCCCAGCAAAAUCUUUUAAUUUGAAGAAAGCUUUGAAGAAACUGACCAAAGCCCGAUUUGAAAAACUUCACCAAGACGCAACUAUUGAAUUAGUGCACAUCAUGAUCCCAAAGUUUGACAUACUCCAACUUCUUAUCAAUUCGAAAAACAUGGGAUUGCAACCUCCUAUCAAAACAAGUUUGAAGUAUAAGCACUCUCCUCGUGUUGCCGGAAUGUUGUAUCGCCCUGAGAAUCGAGAGCCCUACUUUUUCAAAGCCGAUAAUCCCUUCGCGUUUGGUGUUUUGAGAAACGGGCGGCCUGUUUAUCUGGGGAUUUAUUCAUGA